UGGAACUUGGCUGAUGACGUUUGUUCUCGCGCUGUCCUCCCACGACGCUCUGCUUGGCGCUUCAUGGCCUCCCACGAACACCUCAACCGACAACCUUCGUGCCCUUUUCACACGCUCCCUGCACAUAGUACUGUACAUACAUAACAUAGAUAGUGUCGAUACCCUCUGUCUCGUGGGGGUGCUUUCUUGGUCUUACUGUAGACUCCUUUCCUUCCCUUACCACUGCGUUUGUUGGAGUACGCAACGGCGUACUGUAUAUAAGGCGGGAGUGGCAUUUGGGAGAAGCAAUUUCAAACUACAAUACAGCACACUAUUACCACCCACCCACAAUGCCAUACUCUGAGGACUCGGCGGGGACUGCCCCUCUUGGCGAGCACGAGCGACUUUCACACCGUGAACCGCCACCUUCCGUUGGGCGUUGGCACCCGACAACCGGUCUAGACAUGGGCGACGUUGACGGCCCAAUGGAGACCAGCCACCUUCUUGAACAAGAACGGCUCCUGGACUUGGACAAAGACCCACCGGCAAAUGCGUACCCAGACAGCAAGAGGAUUGUGGCACUCAUUUCCAUUACUGCGGGUCUCAUCAAUUUCGCUAUUGCGAUCUCUAGCCAGGUGCUGGAUCAGGCUAUCAUGAAGCGAUUUUGCGAUGACUAUUACGCAACGGAAGGCACCGAAACCACCGACUGCACCUUACCCGCCAUCGUGGGCCCCGCAUCCGAGUUCGGGUCCCUCCUCGUCACACUAGUCGUCCUCCCAUCCCUCAUAACGACCUUGAUCGCAGGUCACCUGUCAGACACCUAUGGGCGCAAAAAGGUCGUGAUGGUGUGGAUGCUGGGCAUGAUUCUGGACUGCGCGUCCCAGAUGUUUGUGUUAAGGUCCAAGACGUUUGGGUUGGUGGUGCUGGCGGCGGGGAAGUUCUCGUUGGGGAUCUGUGGAGGUGUUGCGGUGCCGCUCAUGGUGAUCGUAGCUUCGAUUGCCGACAUCUCGCCGGCGGAUGAGAGAUCUAGAAACUUGGGCAUAUUGAACGGAGUCGCGAUGGUGGGGAUGCUCCUGGGAACAUUUAUCGGCGGUGCAGUCGUCAAGUAUACCUCAUCCUUCGAGCUAGCCUUCGCUAUGUCGACAGUCGGCGCCAUCAUAACCUCACUAUUCUACAUUCUCUUCGUCCCCGAAACCAAACCCGUGGACAUCGCCGACCCCACCACCACCCCCACCGCCCGGGAACCCCUGUGCAAACGCCUCACCAACCUCCUCCUUGCCUACAAAAGGAACCUCAGCCGCAUCCCCCUUCUCGUCGUCUUCGCCGCCAUCGCCUCCUCGACGGAACGGAACGUGCCCACAUUCCUGUUACCGUUCUACACAGCCAAGGUGUUUGGAUGGACGACGUGGGAGAACAGCGUCUAUACGAUGGAACAUAGCGCAUUGGGGGCGAUUGCGAACGUGGUUGUUUUGGGGUUCGUUGAUCGGUGGUUGAGGAGGCGGAUGAGUGGGGAGCUGGAGUAUGCGCCUUUGCCGGCGGGGGUGGGCGCGGGGAAUCCGCAGGAGGCGAGCGACGGGGAGGAGGUGGAUGAGGAGGACCCACGCAACAAGAUCUUUAAUAUGAGAUUGGCGUUGACGCAAGUGCGGGUCUACUUUGCGUUUUGCAUCGUGCACUCCCUUUUGUUUGCCUUUGCUGAUCGGUCGUGGAUGUUGUUUGCAAUCAUCCCGAUCAACUGCAUCGGCUCCCUCGCCGCCCUCCAAAUCCGCAACAUCGUCUUCGAACUCACCCCAAAAGAAGCCUACGGCAUGGUCAACUCCGUCUACGACCUGCUCCUCUCCACAUCCUUCAUGGCCGUCAUCAAACUCUUCAGCGCCAUCUUCACCGCUACCGCUGCCAAUAUGCCCAAUGCGUCUUUUUUCAUCCUCGCUGCGGUUGGUGGGAUAAGUAUGUUGGCGUCGAUGGCUAUUAGGUUUAGAUACCCGGGGAGGGGGGAGGUAGUUUGAGGGACCUUCUAUGAGAUGUUCAAUUUUCAGGACUUGUUUUUUGUUUACCCACGGGAUUUUGUGCUUUUGUUUAUAGUUUAAUGGACUUCUGUGUUUUGGACUUAUUAAUGAAUACCAUGUUAUACUGUACCGGCCCGGAACCGUACAACAAG